AUUGCAGAUUGCCCCUUUGUUUGUAUAGCUUCAUCCAUGCAACAACACAAUUAUCAUGUAUAUAAAAUAAGUACACCUUUGAAACCUAGGCCUGUAUAAUGUUUUGAACAAUGUCAGGUUACAUGUAGGCCUACCUAGUCUAUUUCUGCUUUAUUCUAAAGUAAUGUUUCUAUUGCAUUUUGACCUGUUUAUGACGUUCCCAUAAAGUUAAAACAUAUUAUUUAUAAAACUCGAGGGAUACAGCACAACACUUUUAACAAAUACAUUACAGUAUUUUAGUUUUGACGCAUAUUAGCAUGCACAUAGCCCAGUCUGCCCAACAUAAGGGUCCAACAUCUCUAGAAUGAAGAUGUUGAGCUUUUGUGAACUACGUUUUCGCACUGUCAUUAUUUCCGUUUCCACUUCCAAGAAGCAACACGCUUUUUCGAGGCUUCUCAUUUUCCACUCUCUCAACUCUUCCAGCCCGCUGGAUCUGUAACCAUUACUGAACUCAAACUUUAUCUUUGCAAUGGGGGACAUCGAAGCUCCGGAUACGACUGGACCGAGCCAAAGUGUCCUUCAAACUAUUCUCCCAAUCGCCAAAGAAUUCGCAUCUUCAAGGAAAGGACAACUUCUUAUUGCAGAAGUGGCUCUGUCCCUCAUCGCGUUCAUCUGUUUUGUUGCGUCCACGGCAGCAGCCUUUGUCACAGCACCCCUGAUUGAGUUCUUGGCUGCCCUCUUCCUCCUUUUUGCCUAUUCCACCAAAUUCAAUGAGCGAUUUAAGGGAUUCCACUUUCCCCUCAUGGAUUUUCUGCGCUGUGUCAGUGCGUCCAUCAUCUUUUUUAUCAUCUCCAUAAUAUCAGUUUCCAAGUUCACCGACGGGGCCUCUAAAGCAGCAGGGGUGUUCGGGUUCAUUGCCACCAUUGUUUUUGCGCUCGAUUUCUACUUCAUCUUUAAUGACCUGGCUAAUUUUCUCAAACAAGGAGGGGACUCGGGUGACGACCCACCAAGAACCUCAGAGUACAACGACUCAGACUCUGACUCAGACUGAAGAGAUUCUACCCCAGGGACGGUGUGUGUGUGUCCAAUCUACCAUGCCUGGCAGGAAGACAGCCAUACUGCAGACAUCAACGUUUUCCUGAAGGAUUCACAUUUAAUUUGAAACUGAUGUGAAAACAGGUUUCCAAUCUGUCUUUAGCGCUUUGGAAUGCUGACACAUACAAUGAUCAAUUACAGUAACAGUAUUAUUUUCCAAAUGCGCUAAAAUUUCCCAAACUCUGAAAUACAUUUCUGAAGUUGGGAAUGUGGUAGUUUUGGUGAUGGCUAUUGGUUUACAGUUGCUCAGCCUCCAUAAUGCCAAGAGGAGCAUGGGGAACAAAGGCAGAUGACACUACAUUUAAAUGGAAGAAUCUGGAGAAAUUCCCUGUUUUUAUGAGGUUUACAUAAUUGAAAAGAUUGGCAGCUGGUUGGCUGGUUACACCAUCUGUCCAAUCAUCAUACUGGCUUUGCUUGAUUUUUCCAUUUCUGGUAACCUUUAUUGAAAAUGUUCCUAUAUCUGAUGUGAUAUCCUUGCAUAACAAUCAUUUUGUGACAGAUCCAUGUUCACCGAGCUGAAAAGACUUACUGUGCAUGGCACUUAGCAACUCUUACCGGACUGCCCAAAUGGCCACUUCCUGUUUGAAUUUGGAUUUGUCCGCGGAAUGUUUUCUUUUCUACCAAUUCCAAAAACUUUUGAUAAUGGAAAAGCACUGAGACUUUUGUGAUUGUGUUUUGAAAAGUAAACUGCAAAUGUGGUAGGACUGCAUUCAUUGAUAAAUGGUACACCAAAAUGUUUUCCUAUUUAAAAUGGUUCCUAUUAAGGUUUUCUUACCAGGUUUGUACAUCAAACAUUUAUCAAUUUUGCAGGUCAUGUAAAGAAAAGAAGAAAAAGGAAUCAGUUGAUUUUCAGCCAGUGUAAGCUUUACUUUGUUUAAUAAAAUAUUAAGACAACA